AUGACGAAGCGAAAAUACCCCAACAACACGUCCGACCGUCCUGCCAAACUCCGUCGGACAUCCAAUGGGAAAUCACUCUCCAGAAACAGAGAUGGGGCAGCAGCUUUGCCCAACGUCCGCCAUGCUGUACUUUCGACCUUCUAUCCCAAGGUUUGCGCCUUGAGGGACUACCUUCUGGCAAAUUUGCCUUCCACCUCUCGCGUUCGACGCCGAAAAUUGACUUCAUAUGGGAGGGACGAGGAAGACUACGUUCUCGACACCUGCUUGGUUGGUGUCUUGAAAGAGGCAUCGCCGGAUGUUAAAAAGACCCGUAAGGACGACUUUGCUACGUUUACCCAGAGCCAGCAACGUGCCACUGGGACUCAUCAUGCUCGAACUCAACGAUGUAGCAUAAAAGAGAUACUCGACUUUGUGGUUUGGUUACUCUUUAGAUCCAAUGGCACCAAAGGUAACAGACCUCGUCACAUUCUGUGUCAUGGUCUGCGAAGGGCUUCGGUUCACCACAGCCAUGGUGACUGUGAUGGGGGUGGGAAGCCGAUAUUCCUCCCUGGGAUUGUACAACAACAUGCUACUGAAAGCCUGAAUCAAUUCAACUCCAGCCCUUGGACGGAUAUUCUACCGCUUCUUGGAGAAGAUGCCGUGGUCAUUUUCUCGAGCCUGUUGCUCGACUGUGGUGUCUUCACCAGGCUUCCCGGCAGCAAUGAAAGCUAUAUUCAGCUGAGUGGAACACCAAUAUCGGAUCUCCCACAACAUUCCCCAUCACAAUCUCGUCCAGGACUGUCGGCCAACAAACAACAGAAGGCAGUCCUACAACCAGCCAGCAUUCGUUUUGUGAGAAAUCGGAUGCUCUACGGAAAACCAUCCUUGAAUUCCAGUGGUAAGGUCAAGUUUGGAUUCAAUCAUGCUCAUGCUUUAGAAAGGUUGUCAGACGCAAGUCGACAGCCCUGUGCUAUUCAUCUUUUGAAAUAUGUCUUCCCGCGCCAAUUUGGUCUACACAACGUCUUUACCUCGACAGUCGAUUCGACAGAAUCCACAAAACAAUUCAAGGACUAUACCUUCCGCGAAUUGGAGAUUAAUGGCGAAGCCAAAAAGUCCUCGAGCAAGAUUCCUCGCCGGCUGCGUGGCGAAGCUAUCCAGCUCGUUCAAAAGAUCCAGAGAAAUCAUAUGCGUUGCUCAUACAGCCAACUCCUUAGGCAUUAUUGUCCGAUUUUGUCCGCGUGUCCGGAGAUCUCUGUGCCAUCGCUGAAUAUGAAUCACAUUUCGGUUCCUGGCUUAGAGCCAACGGUAACGCAGAUUCUAGCUCCAGAUGCGUCAAAACCAUCAUACGGCACGCCUUCCGAGCAGUAUGACAGUAAUUCUGCAUUCCUGCCACACGCAAGUCCCCCCGCAAGAGUUUCGGCAUUCUGUCGAUCGGUCAUCUCACAUCUGCUCCCCAAGGAUGCAUUUGGUCGUGGUAUCGAUGGCCUUCACAACCGUGAAGUGAUCAUGAAACGAAUUGAAGAAUUCGUCCAAAUGCGCCGAUUCGAAUCGAUGACAUUACAUCAUAUCGUUCAAAACCUUCGAUUCAGCGCAGUCACCUGGCUUUCGGCCACACAAAAUCUCGAUCAAAAGAUGUCCAAAUCAGAUUACUUGAAGCGUCUCGAACUUUGGUACGAGUUCAUGUACUAUGUUUUCGACUCGCUAUUAAUACCCUUGAUCCGCGCCAAUUUUUUUGUUACUGAAAGCAACAUUCAUCGUAAUCGAUUGUUCUAUUUUCGCCACGAUGUAUGGAAAAAAUUGUCGGAGCCCAGCCUUGCGGUAUUGCGAUUGAAUAUGUACGUCCCGAUCAAACCCAGUCAAGCUCGCCAGACCUUGCAGUCAGGAACUAUGGGCUACAGUUACCUGCGCCUGCUUCCUAAGGAUCAAGGCUCGAGGCCAAUCACGAACCUGAAACGUCGACCGAUGAAGGUUGGCGCCGGACGGCGGACCUUAGGGAAGAGCGUGAAUAAGCAACUUGGGCCUGUAUUCAGCGUCCUAAAUUUCGAGCGUGGACGUGACCCUACGCCCUUGGGCUCAGCCUUGUUGUCAGUGGGAGACAUUCAUGACCGACUUGCGCAGUUCAAAAAGAUGAUCCCUCCACGAUCGCGUUUAUAUUUUGCCAAAGUCGAUAUCAAAUCGUGCUUCGAUAGCAUACCCCAACGACAUCUACUCGACCUCGUCAGAUCGCUAUUUAGAGAAUCGUCAUACCGGACCACCGCAUAUUCUCAAUUCAAGUCCAUCGAGGGCCGCCAUCAGUUCGAAAACGGAGGACUGUCGCGUCGCUUUGUAGGGUUAGCCUGUCCUGCGGACGGUACUUCGGCCUUUUUGGAAUCGUCCGCCCCCUCUCUGGCUGCCAGGAAACGCAAAGUGAUCGUCGCUGACACUGGCAAUCACCAGGUCUGGACUCAGAGAUCGUUGUUCAGUCUCCUUGAAGAGCACAUUGGGAACCAUAUGGUCAAGAUUGGGAAGAAGCACUUGAAACAAACGGACGGGAUUCCACAAGGCUCGGUGCUAAGUAGCAUUCUCUGCAGCUAUUUCUAUGGAUCGUUCGAGCGUAACGAACUGGCAUUCUUAGAUCCCAGGUCAUCUUUACUUUUACGGCUGAUUGAUGAUUUCCUUCUGGUGACGCUGGAUGAUGGAGUGGCGCGACGAUUCCUAGAAGUCAUGGCCAACGGUGACAAGCGGUAUGGCAUAUCAGUCAACCCUGAAAAGUCCCUCGUAAAUUUCGAUGUUUCAAUCAAGGGCCAGAAGGUUCCUCGCCUACACGGCAGCACAUUUUUCCCAUAUUGUGGAAUGGGCAUCGAGAUGAAAACACUGGAGCUGAGGAAAGAUCGCGGGAGAAAAGAUGCAUUCGUCAGCAAUACGCUGACGGUGGAAUCUAGCUCGAGGCCAGGAAUGACAUGGAGAAGGAAGAUUCUGUCCUUCCUGAAACUGCAGAUGCACGCCAUGCUACUGGACAUGUCUCUAAACAGCAGAAAGCAAGUGAUUUCCACUCUGUUGGGAAAUAUGACCGAAUGCGCCAUGAAGAUGCAUCAGUACGCGGUCAGCCUCCCACGAGAGAGCCGACCGUCCCAAGAACUGAUCAGAAGCUUGAUUGAAGAGUUGGUGUCAGCUGGGACGAAAAUUUGCAAGUUCAAGAACAACGACAGUCGGCCGAUCAGACGGACUCAAAUGUGUUGGAUCGCGGCCACAGCAUUUGAGAGAGUGCUAUCGCGGAAACAGAGCCAGUACCAAGAGGUUCUAGUCUGGGCGAGAUCAUUGCGAGAGUGUACCGAAGCCAAUAUGAGACUUGACCGGAAGACCUUGGGAGAUUUGCUUGCAGAGAAUGAGAAGUCGUUCCGGGGAUAUGUAUAUUAA